AUGAGCUCGCCAGCCGUGGCGGCGCCGUAUACGCGCGCGGUCGUGAGUGCGAUGCGCAAGCUCUACCCUGAGGCGUUAGCAGACAAGAGCUUCGACAAUACUGGUCUCCUGCUCGAAGCGCCCUUCGAUCCUCUACGCCGACAGAUGAACUCGGUCCUGCUCACGGUGGAUUUGACGAAGGCGGUCGCAGACGAAGCCAUCGAGCGCAAUGACUCGAUCGUUGUCGCAUACCAUCCUAUUAUCUUUAGAGGACUGAAAGCUCUGACGCUCAAGGACUCCCAGCAGCAGAGCUUGCUGAGACUAGCUGCUGAAGGCAUAAGCGUCUACAGUCCUCACACUGCUGUCGACUGCGCACGCGGCGGCCUUGGCGAUUGGCUAGCUGACAUCGUCUCCGGCACGCCACACCAUCCGUCUCAGCUGUCCCUCAAGGAGAAAGGACUCCACCUAGGCUCCAACCAGCAUACGAGAUAUCCCAUCCAAGCGACGAAAGUUGAAGGUUAUCCUGGAGCAGGCAUGGGCCGCAUCGUCCGCUUCUCCAAAGCCGUCCCGCUCACCGACAUCAUUGACCGCAUCGGGCUCGGUCUCGGCAAUCCGAAAGGCUUUCCGAUCGCCGUCCCGCAGGGCAAGCAGGCGAGUGACAUGAUGAUCAAGAGUAUUGGCAUUUGCGCCGGAAGCGGCGGGCAUUUAUUUAGCGAGAUGGAGAAGAUGGGCGAGGAAGUGGAUCUGCUGUUCACGGGCGAGCUGAGUCAUCAUGAGGCACUCGCUGCGAUCGAGAAGGGGAAGUGUGUCAUCUGUCUGUUCCAUUCGAACACAGAGAGAGGCUUUCUGCAUUCAGUGCUAAAGGGACAAUUGGAGAGUACAAUUGCGGAAGAGUGGGAGCGCAUACGCAUGGAAGAGCGGGCGAAAGAAGGCAUGAGCGAUGAGUACUUCGAGGCGCUGGACGACGAACACAUUGAGGUACAUGUCAGCGAGGUGGAUCGCGAUCCGUAUGGCAUUAUGAUCAGUAAGAGGGAGCUGUGA